AUGGAUCGGCAGGAGGAGAGACGAGCGCAUCUCGCAUUAGCAAAUCGAGUCCGAGAGUUGGAGGCCCAAUUGGCCUCGGCAAGGCAGCCCCAAGCACACGAAGCCAUCUCCCCCAGCAGCCAUGGCGGCGGCCCGUCUUCCCCAGCCCACGCCAUUGCUCAGCCAUUGCAUGCUAAUGGCGGAGGUCUGAACUCGGACGGUGCGGCUGAGUCAACGGCUGAUGCCAUAGCUACCGGCCUCUUUGAUGAUCAACCUGGGAAUACCGACAUUGGCUACUUUGGUGCCAGCUCAAAUCACGCAUUCUUUUGGUCCUUGACAUCGUCCUUGGACGAGCUCAGUAGGAAGCAGCCUGGGCGACAGAAUCUUCCUCCUCGACAGGUCGGCGCAAGUGAAGGGCCAAGACGGCUACCGUUGCCACCCCUUAAAAUGGUGACGGCGGAACAACAACCGCGGCCUCAGCAGGACUCAUUCCCUGGACGCAAAACUGCCAUUGGCUGGGUUAACAUAUUCUUUGACACAGUGGCGCCCGCUCUCCCCUUUGUCGACAAGUUAAUGUUGGUUCGGGAAAUCGACCUUGUUGAUUCGCGGACCGGUACUUGGCAAUCUUGCCCUUCCAACACCCAGGCUUUGAUGAGCAUUGUCUUUGCCCAUGCACUGGCGAUAUCCGAAGACGGAACGGCGGAGCCGUUUUAUCGCCGGGCUUUGGACCUGUUGGACGAGAAAGGUCUCUGUUUGCCGACUACUGAGGCCCUCCAGGCGCUGCUAUUGCUGGCGAGUUUUCAGCAAAACAGUCAACGGGCACAAGAGAGCAUCACUACUCACUUUCGUGCCGUAAAAGCCGCAUAUCAGCUUGGUGUUCACUCGCCGUCUUCGUACGGUCGGUUUGGAAGCAAGGACAAGGAGCUGCGAUCCGUACUUUGGUUUGCAGUUGUAAAUGAAGACCGAUUAAUUGGGUCUGGUCUCGGCCGCCCAUUUCUCGUACCUGCCCAACAUAUCCAGACGAAGCUGAAGGAUCUGAUGAGUAACGGACACCAACGACCGGGGGACCAUUUUGCAUUCGGACGGUCGAGUCUCCAUUACUUUCUACAUUCAACAAAACUUCAUGAGAUUAUCGGCAGUGUAGUGGACGCCAUGCACAACUCAAACAUUACGUCGACUCACGACCUCACCUUGAGUGAGCUUGUACCACGUGUCAUGGAAUCGCUGCGGCAGCUAGAGAACCUGGGAAAAGAUGCAUCACGCUACACAUUAGUGUCGAACCAGACUGCUGACACAUGGCUGGCCACUGACCUCGAUGAACAGAGGUAUACAAUACUGAGCUCGUUGCAUCGUUACCGCGUCGACAUGCUCGUCAAUGCCCCGCUGCUAUUAGCGGUCCUACGGCAUGUCUCAACUACGGACGAUCCAAGCGACUCGGAUCUCUACGUCCAGGUUGCCGUGUCCAUUCUACAGGCGUACUUGCAGAAGAUCAACGACUUUCACAACCUUCUUUGCUCCAUCCUGAGGAUCCAGCCGUCGUUUCUGAGGCGCAAUGCCGUAUGGUGGCUGUGCAACUACAUGAGGAUGACGAGCCCAGAAAUCGAAAAUCUAAUGCGGCGAGCUUUGGAUACGCUACGAUUGGUGGGAGGGACCAGCAUCAUGAGCCGGAAGGCUCACCGCUGCUUGCAGCGAUACCUUGACUCCUUCACCAGAGAUGGGGAGGUGCAGAGCCAGAUUAGCCUCGAUGCUUCUGUGGUCUCACACUCGGAGACUACCAGACCUUGGCCUUAUGGUCUGACCCCUGAAGACAUGUCUGCCGCUGGCGGCAUGGUAUGGAACAGCAGCGUGGACGAGCUUAUGACGGGUAUGAGGGCGGAAGACUUUCUUGGAGAGGACGUGUUUGCCAUGAGUUUCAAUAUUAGUGAUUUUGAUGCCACGGGGUUCAUUUGA